AUGCACUGUUGGGACUCCUCCGGGAGGGCAUUUGGGGGGCCCCUCCGGCCUUCCUUCUUCGCAGGGACCCUCAACGAGGCGCCCACUUCACGAGGGAGACCAGCGCCACCCAACGGCAGGCUAGGUCCCACUGCCCUCAACCAACAUGGCGGCGGUGGCGCGUCUUUUGCCCUUUCUUUCCGCCUCCGGUCCGUUUCCCUCUUUCCCGUCAUGCUCCGCUCCCCCCCCCCCCCCCCCAGCGCACGCGCCCAGCAACCACAGCAACAAGAAAAAUCUCGGCAGCGAUAGGUCGGCCUUUUGGCCAAUCCCAGGUCGGGUUGUGGGCGGGCCAGUCUUUUGGCGCCUUUUCUCCUCAGCGUCUCCCGCGCCCUUGACGUGAAGGAAGCUGGUAAGUUUUGUCGUCUUUGUAAUACUGUAUUCUGUUGGGAGCCAGCAAUAAUAAAGGAUUAUCAUCAUUGAUUUUUAAAUUAUUACUUUUGUUAUUAUUAUAAAAGGCUUAGGGAAGUUUGCAACUAUUAUGUUGUGUCGUGUUUUUAAUCUGUUGGGAGCAGCCCACAGAGGCUGGGGAAGGGUAAUAUAUUAUGAUCAUCAUUAAUUUUUAAAUUGUUACCGUUAUUAUUAUAGUUGUUCUUACUAUAAAAGGGUUAGGGAAAUUUGUAGUAUAUUAUGUUUUAUCAUUUUUUAAAAUAUUCUUUUGGUGGCUGGGAAAUAUUAUCAUUAAAUGUUAAAUUAUUGCAGUGGAAGGAAGAAUCAAGUGGGAAAGGAGCCAGCAGACGACUAAAUGGAAGAAAUGUGCUUUUCUUCUUUAUUUUUUCUGAGUCACUUUUCCAAAAAUCAUAUACCGGUAAUGGUGCAUUUAGCUGGAAGGGGCCCCAAGGGUCAUCCAGUCCAACCCGCUGCAAGGCAGGAAUCUGCGAAGGAACCACAAGGGUUCAAUUAUUAUUAUUAUUAAUAAUAAUAAUAAUAAGUGGAGGAAUUGGGAUCUGGGGGAAUUAGCUGGUUACAAAACCAAGCAGUGCUUCAUCUGCACAAUACACUGUUCAGGUCCAGUUUCUGAUACAUUAAAGGCAGCCUGAGGGGGAAAGCAAUGGAGAUCUGAACUUUUAUUUUAUAUAAAUAAUAAUAAUUAUUAUUAUUAUCACAGCCAGUUCCUCUGGAGUUGCUGUAGCCAAGGGGAGCUCGCCCCCCCCAAUUCAAAUAAAUAAAAAUACUAUAGUGCUAAGCCUUAGGGGGGAAGAGGCCGUGUCCCACUUGGGUGGGUGUGAUUAAUAAUAAUAAUAAUAAUUUUACAUUUAAUGUAGUAAUAAUUUUUUACUCUUUCCCAGCCACCAACAGAAUAUUUUAAAAAAACGAUAAGACAAUAUACUACAAACUUUCCUCACCCUUUCAACAGACUAACCAUUAUAAUAAUGAUAGCAACUUAUAAAUGAAGGAUAAUCCUCAUUUAUUCCCCUUCUCCAGCCACUCUCAACAGAAUAUUAAAAACGCGACAAAACAUACUAUAUUGCAAACUUUCCUAAGCCUUUUCUAAUAAUAAAAAUAAUUGAAAAAGUAAUGCUAAUAACCCUUGAUUGCUGUUUCCCAGUAGGAAAAGGCGCCCAAAGGGCGUGGGACACAGCUGAGGAGAAGCAGCUGAGAAACAGCUGGGAGAAAACGCGGGAAACCGCUGGCCCCGCCCACCGCCCGGCCUGGGAUUGGCCCAAAGGCCGACCUAUCGCCGUCGAAGGCCCUCCAUCAAAAUGGCGGCGGUGGCGCCUCUUCUGCCCUUUCUUCCCCCCUCCGGCCCGUUUCCCUCUUUCCAGUCCCCUUGCCCUCGUCCAAAAUGGCCGCCCUAGGAACGCCCUCGCUCGCGGCGAUAGGUCGGCCUUUGGGCCAAUCCCAGGUCGGGCUGUGGGCGGGGCCAGGCCUUGGGCGCGUGUUCUCAGCGUUUCCCUCGCCAUUUUCGUGAAGGCAGCGCGUGAGUUUGGUCGUGCUUUUAAGACUGUCUUCUGUUGGGAGCGGGCGGGAAAUAAUAAUAAAGGAUUAUCACAAUUGAUUUUUCAAUUAUUAUUAGUAUCAUUAUUAGAAAGGCUUGGUUGAAGUUUGUAAUAUAUUACGUUUUGUCGAAUAUUUUAAUAUUCUGUUGGGGAAGGGGAAUAAAUGAGGAUUAUCCUUCAUUUUUAAAUUGUUAGCAUUAUUAUAAUGGUUCUUAUUAUAAAAGGGUUAGGGAGAUUUGUAGUAUACUAAGUUUUAUCGCUUUUAAAGUUUUCUGUGGCUGGCUGGGAAAGAGUAAUACAUUAUUAUUAUCGUUAAUUUUUAAAUUAUUGUUUUUAUUAUAAAAAGCUGAGGGAAGUUUGUAGUAUAUGAUGUUUUAUCGUUUUUUAAAAAUUUCUGUUGGUGGCUGGGAAAGAGUAAUUCAUUAUUAUUAUUAAUAAUAAUAAUUUAUUAAUAAUGAGUUAAAGUUAAAUUAUUUUUAUUAUAAAUUACACCCACCCAAGUGGGACACGGCCUCUUCCCCCCUAAGCCUUAACAUUAUAGUAUUUUUAUUUAUUGGAAUUGGGGCAGGAAGCUCCCUUGGCUGCAGCAACUCCAGAGGAACUGGCUGUGAGUUCAGAUCUCCAUUGCUUUCCCCCUCAGGCCGCCUUUAAUGUCUUGGAAACUGUACCUGAACAGUUUGUUGUUCAGAUGAAGCACUGCUUGAAGCGGUGCUUUGUAACCAGCUAAUUCCUCAAGAUACUAAUUCUUUCACUUAUUACUAUUUUUAUUAUUAUUAAAUGAACCCUUGUGGUUCCUUUGCAUACUCCUGUCUUGCAGCGGGUUGUACUGGAAGACCCUUGGGGUCCCUUCCAGCUAGAUGUACCAUUAUAUGAUUCUUGGGAAAGUGCUUCAGAAAGAAUAAACAAGAAAAAAUCAAGAAGAAAAACAAAUUUCUUCCAGUUAGUCGUACGCUGGCUCCUUUCCCACUUGAUGCUUUCUUCCACUGCAAUCUGGGCUGGACAUAUUAUAUGUUUGCUUUGACAUGGAUCCCUCUUUCCCUGCUUGUGAAAAUAAUUGACAUUAUUGAUAUUUCUUAGGUCUGCUCUGCUGA